AUGGCCGAUGAGAAGACUUUCCGCAUCGGCUUCAUCGUGCUGGGCUUCUUCCUGCUGGCCCUCGGCACCUUUCUGAUGAGCCACGAUCGGCCUCAGGUCUAUGGCACCUUCUACGCCAUGGGCAGUGUGAUGGUCAUCGGGGGUGUCGUCUGGAGCAUGUGCCAGUGCUACCCCAAGGUCGCCUUCAUACCAGCUGAUUCUGAUUUCCAAGGUGCCUUGGCUCCAAAGGCACUGGGUCUCCUGGAGAACGGGCUUGGGGAGAUGAAGAGCCCUAGCCCCCAAGCUCCCUAUGUGCGGCUGUGGGAAGAUGCCGCCUAUGACCAGAGUCUGCCUGACUUCAGCCACAUGCAGAUGAAGCUUGGGAGCUAUCGUGAGACCCCCCAGGCCCUGCUGGAUCCCAAGGGGGGAGCUGAUGGAGAAGGUCCUCAGGAUGCCCAGGCCCCAAGGGAGGGCAAUGUGGUGGUGCACAGAGGCCUAGAGGAAGAGCAGGGAGAGAGCACCCCAACACAGAGUCAGCCCUGCCCCCCAGGUCAACCAGAGGGUCUUGCGCCCUUGGCUUCCCUCCAAGAUGACCUGGAUGUGGGGACCAGCGAAGACAGCACCCCCAGUUCAUCUCCACCAGGAGAAUUGGAGCCUCAGGUCACCCCUGCUGACCCCUGGGCCUGCAGGUGCCCACUGCACCCCUUCCACGACUUUGCCCUGAUCGAUGCCCCCGGGGUGGAGGAUGCACCAGCAGAAGGGCAGUGUCGGGGAGCAGCCUUGCCUGGCUCGUGGCCACGACCCCACGGGGUGAAGGAGGAGCCGCAGCAGGAGGAGCCGGAGCAGGAGGAGGAGGACCUGUACUAUGGGCUUCCCGACGGUCCUGGGGACCUGGGCACGGAGCUGGACAUGGAUCCUGAUGCCCAGGGCUGA